CUUUAUCAAGUCGCCGCCGGUUCCCUACCUGCCGGCAGUCUUCCGUCCUCCGAACCCGCCGCCAGAUAGAGACGGGUGAGGGAAAGCAGGUGACAUGGCGGAUUGGACUUCGACGCACCGACUCUGGGAGAAGUGGGCAUCCAACAACGUCGGUUCCUCGGGUGAGCCACUGAAGGCGGCGUUGCUGCUCAACUACGACCCAAGCGCCCCUUCUCGCCUCUUGUCCCUCAUAGCAGAACAAGAGGGAACAGAUCUGAAGGCUGUUGACUUGAACCCAUUCAUUGACUUUGUCAAGCAAAACAAUCUCCAGAAGGAGUUUUUCUUUAUUGGUCCUGAACAAUAUUUAGUUACAUCCAUAUAUGAGCAUUGGUUUUGCGCUCGGUGCGUGAAUACACUCAACCCUGGUGGUGAAGGUGCCAUAAUCAUGCAGAUUGCAUCACAUCUACUGAUUGGCAUGUAUGAAGGUUCAAUUGGGGCCGCAUCGCUUGCAAUGGUGGCUGUCGAUCAGUUUGCAUGGCAAUUAUGUAGAAAAAGUCAUUGACCAAGUUCAAGUAAGACACAAGAUUUGGCUUGAUCACGCUUUAAUUCCUCUUAACUUUCUUAAUGGUGUAAAGGUAGAUAUGUUUAUCUUUUCAGUUAUAAAUGGUCUUCUGCAUGGUAUGUACCAAACCGAAGUUUAGACAUCAUACUUAUGUGUGGUGUUUCAAGGAAAACAUCUCGUGCCAGUCUUUGUUGAUAAAGAUGUACUUUGAUUGGGUUUAUGAGAUAAUUAGUGUGGCAUGUUUAAUUGUU